UCCUACGGUCCAACUGGUACGGUGUUUAGACGAAUUUUAGAUAAGGUAGAUGAAAACAACAACAACAGAAGACGAAGAACAAGAAAAUAAUUUGAGCAACUGAAACGACAAUGACAGAUAGUGAACAGAGAGUAGAGGAGUUCCAGCUAGAUAAAGAGUCUGAGCUGAGGUUUGAAGUAGAAUCUGGAUCAACUGUUCAAUUGGAGUUAAUCAAUGGCAAGGCAGAGAUAUUUGGCAGUGAACUGACUUCUGGGCGAAAAUAUUCCUUCAAUGCUGGCUCAAAAGUUGCUGUAUUUUCAUGGCAUAGCUGCCAAAUCAAACUGACAGGUCGCACUGAGGUAGCUUAUAUAUCCAAGGAGACACCAAUGGUUGUGUACCUGAACGCACAUGUAGCACUAGAACAGAUGAGAGAGAAAUCAGAGAAGGACGAAACUAGAGGUCCACGGCUUUUGGUUGUUGGACCUUCUGAUGUUGGCAAAACUACACUAUGUAAUAUGUUGUUGAACUAUGGUGUUAGAAUGGGCAGAGCACCAGUAUUUGUUGACCUUGAUGUAGGACAGGGUCAGGUAUCUAUACCAGGUACAAUGGGAGCAUAUGUUGUUGAAAGACCCGCCGAUAUUGAGGAAGGAUUUACCCAGAGUGCACCACUAGUGUUCCAUUUCGGUCAUACUACACCAUCUAAAAAUCUCACGUUAUAUAACUUACUGGUUUCUCGAAUAGCUGAUGUAAUUGAAUAUGAAAUAAAUAGAAAUAAAAAAGUGAAUCAUAGUGGAGUUAUUGUAAACACUGGUGGUUGGGUAAGAGGUUCAGGGUAUGAUUCACUCAAGCAUGCUGCCGGCUCAUUUGAAGUUGAUGUGAUAGCUGUUAUGGAUCAGGAAAGAUUAUAUAGUGAACUAAAGAGGGAUAUGCCGGACUUUGUUAAAAUAAUUCUACUACCUAAAUCAGGAGGGGUUGUAGAAAGAAAUCAGACAUCAAGAUCCGAGUCGAGGGAUGCUAAAGUUCGAGAAUACUUCUAUGGACUCAAAAACUCACUUUUUCCUCACACUUUUGAAGUCAAUUGUGUAGAUAUAAAGAUAUAUAAAAUUGGAGCUCCAGCAUUGCCAGAUUCCUGUCUACCAUUGGGAAUGAAAUCCCAGGACAACAAAACUAAGCUCGUCCCUUUAACACCAGGAACCAGUCUUUUACAUCAUGUAUAUAGUAUAAGUUGUGCAGAUUCUACAGAAGACAAUAUUUUAGAAACUAACAUCAUAGGUUUUGUUGUUUUUACUGAGUUUCAUCCAGAGAAGCUAUCAUUUACAGUUUUAUCACCAGCACCUCAUCCUCUACCUAAACAUAUCUUAUUACAGACUGAUAUUCAAUUUAUGGACAUACAAUGAACAUAUUUGUGUGUAAUAGUUUCCUUGGAAUAAAAAAAAUGCCAAGCAGUAAAAUGAGUCUUGAACAAUCAGACAUGUCAGUCAUGGAGACUGGAACAUAAAAAAAUAAAUAAUACUAAACAGUCGUUGGUUUAGAGACUAUAGUGUAAAGAUUGUGAUAAGGAAAAUUGUCUAGAGAGAAUGAUGUGUUCUAUGCUGAAAUAUAUGUUUAAGACAUAUGAUAACAUAAGUUUGAAAAGUUUGGAUGAAUAUUGAUACAGCUGUUUUUUGUGUAAAUGAAGAAGGCAGACCUAUAUGUAAGUGGUAUAUUGUGUUAGAGCAGGGGAUCUAAAAGCAUACUGAUCAAUGUCAUAUUAUAUGUAAAAGACAGUCCAGAAGAAUGUAUGUGUACAUCUGUAAUACAAAGAACAGUCCUGGAAAUGAUAGAUGUUAUGUAUACAGUUGUGGAAGUGGAAUUUAAUCAAUACAAAAUGUGGAAAUUAUUUUAACUACAAACUUAUUUUCUCAAAAUAAAUGGAUCUAUAUUUGAUAAAAAUGAAGAUGAUCAAUGCACUUUUAAUGAACUUAAUUUUUAACAUGAUGUAUGUGAUGAUGAUAUUAAUGAGCCGCGUCAUGACAAAACCAACAUAGUGCGUUUGCAACCAGCAUGGAUCCAGACCAGCCUGCGCAUUCGUGCAGUCUGAUCAGGAUCCAUGCUGUUCGCUAUCAGUUUCUCUACUUGUAAUAGAAUUGGUAAACGAACAGCAUGAAUCCUGAUCAGACUUUGCGGAUGCGCAGGCUGGUUUGGAUCCAUGCUGGUUGCAAACGCACUAUGUUGGUUUUGUCAUGAUGUGGCUCAUUUGAUUUUUUACCUGUUAUCUUACAGUACUGGUUUUGUGAUAUACCUCUCUUGCUUUAUCCCUUAAUUUGCUGAAUUUCUUGUAUGGACAUGUCCAGCCUCAAUUUCUAAAUUGUGUAAUACAUGUAUUAGUUUUGGGGAUAUUAAGAUGAAAAUUUGAAGUCAUUCAACAGUCAAGAACCUAACCAGACUGACUGUAUACUGGUUGCAAGGGCUAAUGACUCUCUGUCCCAGUUGCGUAGGUGUAAAAUUGUGAAACUGUACAUACAUGUAGUUUGUUAUGCAAUAUCAGUAUGAAAUUGUCUUAAAUAAAGCGGCCAACUGUAUAAAAUCUUAGAUUAUAUACAUAUGCAGGCAGACCAAGUUCUUUACUUUACAGUUGGUUAGCUGAUCAAUGCUCUUUAAAAAGAUACAUGUGUAAAAAGAUUAUGUAGCUAUGUUUAGGCCAUAAAAGAUCAUUACAAAUGAAACAAAAAAAUGAAAUUAAAAAUGAAAUAAAAAUUUUGAAAAUUA